AUGUUUUAUUAUUAUUAUUUUUCUUAUACUUUCAGACUAACAGUAACAUCUAGCUGUCCUAUGGAUCUUCAGUACUUCCCAAUGGACCGACAGCUGUGCACCGUUGAAAUUGAAAGCUUUGGCUACACGAUGACGGAUAUUCGCUAUAAAUGGCGGGAAGGAAACUCUGUAGGUAUAUCACAGGAUCUAGAGCUUCCACAGUUUAAAGUUGCAGGCCACAGACAAAGCUCGCCGUUGUUAUUUGCGUCUCGGUACAAUAAGCUACUGAAAAAUUGGAUUGUGUUUUACACUAAGGGAGCUAUCUGUACGUGGGAUCGUAUUCCUAAAACAGGACCCUAUGAUGUCUUGUUAGAGGUCCGAUUGAAAAUGGUGGAUCCCCGGGGAUAUAGCAAGACAUCCACCCUGGAGAACACAACCAACACCCCCGCACCUGAGCUGGAGACUGCCUUAUGCAAAAACAUCAACACCCUGUACGGCGUGAGUCCGAGCGACAUCGACAAGUAUUCCCGGGUGGUUUUCCCAGUCUGCUUCGUCUGUUUCAACUUGAUGUACUGGAUCAUCUACCUACACAUUAGCGACCUGUUGUCGGAGGACUUCGCUUCUGUUGGAUAAACAGCCAACAUGUCUCAAGAAACCAACACAACACGUGCUCUGAAGUAGCUCAAUAUAACAAAUCUGAAACUGACCCCCACGUGUACAGCUAAUACAAAUAUAAUGAUAUACAUGCCAUUAAACCGUUAGAUAUAUUAGUAUUUUCUAUAUGUAGAAGCUUGGUUAAUAGCCUUACAAAAAAGCUUUGGAAGUUAAAUAUUAGAUCAACACUCCACGUGUUAGUCGUGUCUGACAUUACUGCACUCUUUCUUUUAUACAUUAUUGAUGGUGGGAGGGGAAGAGGGAUUAAACAUAAGUAAAUUCGACCGUGGGGAAAUUUUUAAAUGUGAAUUGUGACCAUUAUAAAUAGGUAAUAAUAUUUUGUUAGAAGCAAAUGUAUAAACGUCGUAAGCUGAGCAGGAAGGAUUAUUGGGUAAGGUUUGAGAAGAAGAGAUAGUGAAAGAAUAUAAAAACUGUGAGUUAUAAUUGGGAAAGGUUUGAGAAGAUAGUGAAAUAAUAUAAAAACUGUGAGUUAUAAUUGGGUAAUGUUUGAGAAGAAGACAUAGUGAAAGAAUAUAAAAACUGUGAGUUAUAAUUGGGUAAGGUUUGAGAAGAAGAGAUAGUGAAAGAAUAUAAAAACUGUGAGUUAUAAUUGGGUAAGGUUUGAGAAGAACAGAUAGUGAAAGAAUAUAAAAACUGUGAUACGAUGAAGAUAAAUUACGUAUAAACCCUAAGAGACUAUGGAGUAUAGUAAUACCAAAAUAUAGCUACAGCCUUAGGAACAAUAGUGGGAUACUCUUGAACUAUAUACAAUAACACUACGCGUAAAGAGUUAGUUAACUUCUAUAGAUAUACCAAGACCAGGAGAGGGGGUGUACAAAUAUAAAGAUCAGGAGAGGGUUGUACAAAUAUCAAGACCAAGAGAGGGGGUGUACACAUAUCAAGAUCAGGAGAGAGGUGUACAAAUAUCAAAACCAGGAGAGGGGUGUACAGAUACCAAUACCAGGGAGAAAGUGUGAAAAUAUACUACAAAGACGGUGGGGGGGGGGGUGUUUGGAUGGUCAAGCUUGAAAAAGAAACACCAUUAAAAUGAUGUAUCAUGUACAAUAAUUCUAAGAACAGGGGGAGUGGGUCGUUAAAUGAGGUGUAUAAAUUAGCUGAUGCCUGGGGGGGGAUAUUUAUUAAAGGUAUAUUUGAUACUCAUGUUUAUGCUAAUAUUGGUAGGAGCUCCUUGUCGUUUUUCGUCAUACUUCAAAUGCUCAUAAGGUAACCUAAAAUAAAUUUAAUUUACUUUUCUAUCCUCCCCCUAUUGCAAAUGUUGUUAGUCCAGCUGAAGUAAUAGGCUAAGGAUUGACAGCACUAAAACUAGCCUGUUAGUUCAGGGAUCGUACUUCAAGCACCGAGUUGGAGGUUACACAAUCAGGAAAUUCCAGUGUCCUGGUUGACCCGUGGUCACCAUGGUUGUCGUAAAUCGCACAUUGACCGAAGGUUUAGAAAGAGAGAGAGAGAGCUAGUCUCCGUUAAUCACAACACUCACAACACUCAUAAUGCUCACUUACCUAAGGUAAAAACCGAUACGGUUGUAUUUCUAUCCACCUUGCCUUUUCUGAACAAAUGUUUGUCACGUGAUUGUGUGCACAUGUUUCUGCAAGAAAUUUCGGGUAAGAACAUUGUUUCUUCUCCAACAGUAACCCGAUGCUCAUCGCUAAGUCCUCUUUCUUGAAAAAAACAGACCCAAAUUAGCAGUAGUGGCAGUGAAGCCCGUCCACACUUUAAUCUACAGACACAAUCUUAGGAUCUCACUAAACUCUACAUCAAACGAACUGGACCAUGGACUUUUACACCCCUUUCCUUUCAUCUUUGUCCAGUAUUGGUUUGCUUUCUCCGUACUUAAAUCUGUCUUAUAAUGUGCUUGUUACUUUGGGAAGAAUUGGAAAAAAAAGGGUUAACUUUUUGUACAUAAAAUCUUGCUAACGUUUGGUCCAUUUUGUAUGGAUAUACCACCUAGCCGAAGUUUUCAUGUGAUUAAUGUUCGGACGAGAAAAAUAAACUAUAGAGUCUCCUUCUAA